AAUUCUGAACCAAAACACUACAUCACACCUUUGAAAAAACAAGAUUUUUGGAGCUUCACUUUCCUCUAAUUUUCCUUGACCCGUUAAUUCCCUACUGGAGUGCCUCAGGAAAGAGUUAUUCAAGGCCAAUAAACAUCUACGAUAGGCGAUUAUCCCUGGAAUCCCCCUGGAAGGACUUGAGCAACUGUCAUAACCUCGAAGAAUGGCGGCCAAGGGUAAACGUCCCGCGAAAAAGGCCGGGGCAAAUGGUUACAAGCUCCCGGAGUCGAUCGCCCCAGGUGAAGUGCUCACAGACCUGAGUAAGAACCAAUGGAUCCUGGGGGAGUCGAUAGGCGUGGGAGGCUUCGGGGAGAUCUACUCAGCAGCUGCUCACAGUGGAAAGACCCCGAAAGAGUACCCCCUUGUCGUCAAGAUCGAGCCACAUGGGAAUGGGCCCCUCUUCGUGGAGAUGCACUUCUACAUGAGGAAUGCUAAGUCUGAUAAUAUCGAGGCCUGGAGGAAGAAGAGGAAGCUGGGGAGCCUGGGAAUGCCCAAGUUCAUUGCCAAUGGGAGUCAUGAGUACAAGGGGACCAAAUACAGAUUCGUCGUGAUGGAGAGAUACGGCACAGACCUCUGGAAGCUCUUCCUCGAGAACAACCGUCGCUUCCCCGAGCCCACGGUUUACAAACUCGCAAUUCAGAUAAUCGACGUCCUCGAGUACAUCCACAGUAGAACGUAUGUGCACGCAGACAUCAAGGGGGCGAACCUCCUCCUCGAUCUGAAGACUGGGAGCCAGGUGUACCUCGUCGACUUCGGUCUAGCCUCCCACUACACCACGAAAUCCGACUACAAACUGGACCCGAAGAAGGCGCACAAUGGCACCAUCGAGUACACCAGCAGAGACGCCCACAUGGGGGUGCCCACGAUGAGGGGGGACUUCGAGAUCCUGGGGUACAACAUCAUCCAGUGGAUCUGCGGGAGCCUCCCCUGGGAGAAGAACCUGAAGGAAGUGACUGGGGUCCAGAGGAUGAAGGAGAAGGCUUUUGGGGAUGUUGGGGCAUUCCUGAAGGAGUGUUUCGGCGCUGGGAAGUGUCCUGGACCUGUCAAAGAGUUCAUGGGGUUGUUAUCAGAGAUGAAGUUCACGGAUACCCCCAAUUACGCUGAAUUCAGACUUAUUUUCGUCGAGGGGUUGAAGAAACUUGGCCACAAGCCGGAGGGGAAACUCGAGUUUGGGGGAAAGGCUGGGGCUGUUUCGUCGGUUAAAGUUAAGACUGAGACACCUAAGAGGGUUAAGAAGGUCAGUGGGGACACACCCAGGAGGAAGAGUCCUCGGGUGAAGCCUUCGAGGAGUCCCAGCCCUCCUAGGUCUCUGGAUGAAAGCUGUGUGGGAAUCGUUGUGGACAGCAGACGUGAGAAGCUGAAGGACAUGAAGAAGAUCCUGGAGUCGAUUGAGGAUGAUUCUGAUACUGAGUAUGGGAUCACCAUUACGAAGAAGAGGAAGGUGAAGAAGGUCGAGGAGAAGGUGGAGGUGGAGAAGAAGACCAGCAGGAGGGGGAGGAAGAAGGUGGUUUAUGAUGAGGAUUCACAGUCCGAGCCUGAGGUGAUGCCAAAGGGGACCAAGUCACGACUAGCAACGAGAAAGGUAGUACGUAAGAAACCAGAAGAGGUUGACUCCGAUGCUGAUAUGUUCGAUGAUUAGUUGAAUCCAUUUUCUAUUGUAACUUAUACAUAAUUGCAUCGAGCUUAAUCAAAAUUUGUAGGAUAAAAAUUGUGAAAAGAUGACCUGCAACGAUCUGAAAUUGCCAAAACGUCGAAGAUCUAUCAUUCGAAAUGAAUGAACAAUUCACUAAUAAAGUGGUAAAAUGUAAAAACUUAAUUAAAAUUUUCAAUCUCAUCAAAUAUUAAAUUAUCUCGACAACGAGUGUUUUUACGAAGAGAUGUCAGACAUUUCCCCACUCGUUCCCACGAUAAAUGCAAAAAUAAUAGAACUCAUUUAUCACAUUCAUUUUACCACUGAAUUACUGAAACAAGACUUGAAAAUUGUUAUAAACUCUUAGUAAAUCCAGAGUGCAUUACCCAUUUAUUCCUUGAAACAACUGUUGAGCAGUAUUUACAAUAAUGAUGCGUUCCUAACAAUUUUGUAUUGAUAAAACCAAAAUAAAUCAUUAUCUU